AUGGAUUCAGAGUCGAACCUUCUUCAAGAUUCCUCCACUCCUUCUUCCUCUCCUCCUCCUCCUCCUUCUUCUUCUUCUGGGUUCGAUAGAGAUCGUCAUGUGAUGUUCUUGGAGAUGAUGUACCAGUUGUUGCCUUUUCAGUAUCAAACUCAAGAGAUUAACCACCUUACACUUGCUUACUUCGUCAUCUCCGGCCUUCACCUUCUUGGUGCCGUGGAUCGUGUGGACAAGGACAAAAUUGCUAAUUGGGUCUUGUCCUUUCAAGCAAUUCCUUCAAACAAGGCUGAAAAAACCAAUGGAGAGUUUUAUGGAUUCUGCGGAUCGAGAAGUUCUCAGUUUCCUCCAGACGAGAAUGGGGAUUUAAUUCACAACGGUAGUCACUUGGCGAGCACAUAUUGUGCCCUUGCAAUACUGAAGGUCAUUGGUUACGACUUCUCCAAUAUUAACUCUGAAUCAAUUGCAAUCUCAAUGAGAAACCUUCAACAAUCUGAUGGGAGCUUUGUGCCUAUCCAUGUCGGAGCAGAGGCUGACCUUCGGUUCGUCUAUUGUGCUGCUGCCAUCUGUUAUAUGCUUGAGAAUUGGAGCGGGAUGGACAGGCAGAAAACUAAAACCUAUAUUUUGAACUGCCAGUCGUAUGAUGGUGGCUUCGGGUUAACUCCUGGUUCAGAAUCUCAUGGCGGUGGAACGUAUUGUGCUAUUGCAUCUCUCCGUUUAAUGGGUUUCAUUGAAGAUGAUCUUCUCUUUAGAGACAAUCCUUCUUCCAUAAUAAACGUCCCGUUGUUGCUGGAGUGGUGCUUGCAGAAACAGGCAGCCAAUGGAGGAUUUCAAGGUCGACCUAACAAGCCUGCUGACACUUGUUAUGCGUUUUGGAUUGGAUCUACCUUGAGGAUUUUGGGAGGCCUUGAUUUCAUUAAUAAGAAGGCUUUGAAGACAUUUUUGUUGACUUGCCAGUCUAAGUAUGGUGGUUUCAGCAAGUUUCCAUUGGAUUUUCCUGAUUUAUACCACUCCUACUAUGGAUUUACUGCUUUUAGCCUGUUGGAAGAACCCAACAUCAACUCUCUGUUUGUUGAACUCGGAAUAACAGAUGCUUCUGCCUGGGGAAUCUAACAUAGGAACGUUCCUUUGACAUGUGAUGAAUCAUUUUCACUGCUUUUGCCGAUUUGGGUAUCAUUAGAACGUUCGUUUGACAUGGGAUGAAUCAUUUUCACUGCUUUUGCCGAUUUGGGUAUCAUUCCUCUCCCCUUUUCCAAAUCUUUCACUUGGCCUACACAACUUAUCACAAAGAAAUGUAGAGUUUGAUCUUAGCUAUUCACAACUCCAGAUGGAGCUUCAUCCAGAAUCCCUGUUUGUAUACUAUCUAAAAAGCCCGUCAUCCCUUCUUCUGAUUGUAAUUUUAUAUUUUAAGUUUUAAACACAGGAUCUGGUUUUGAUGCUAUAUUUCUUUAAAUUCAAUUAAACAAGUCUUUGCUUCCUCAGCAAUUUAUCAGUAA